CGUAAAUAGAAAACUCGAGCUGGGGAGGAGGAAGCGUGUGGGAGCUGGUCUGGGAUGAGCAUCUCCUACAGGACGGCGGUGGCCUCUUGGGCGUCUUUCUCUGCUCUUCGCGUCCCAGGUACCAUUGAUAAAUUGGAAUGGAUAAUAUACCACAGUUAAUAAUGCCACACCAUUGAUGCUGUUCAGAAAAAUGACAUAUUGAGCAGUAGGUUCCCACAGCUGGAUUAUCUACUAGGGCAAAUUGUCACCCAUGGCGGUAAAACUUGUUUUCUGGAGGUCAGGGUCUCAUGGGCUAAUUGGCUCUCAUUCAACAAGAACCCAACAGAUAAGUCAUCGUGCGGUAUUACAAGACAAACUGUUCUGAAAAUGAUUAAAGCAUUGUUACCACGUGGCAUUGUCAGAGGAAGACAAGCAGCUUGAGAAUUUCCUAUUAACGGAACUUCAGCUUGCAGGCAGCCCCUUUCCAUAAAUAGGACUGCAUGGCAGGCAGCCCUCCCUGAAGGGUUGACAAUGAGCAUCCCAGUGGCUCCUAAGAAAUCAUGUUACACUCAGUUGCAGGAUAACAGAAAUGGAGUAAAAAAUAAUAAUGAGAGUAUCCUAGGUCUGGGAGAUACAAAUGCCAACCAGAUCAUGCUGGGGGUCAGCUCCUCUCUUGAUGAGUCCAGGGAAUGUGACCUGGCAGGUGAAAUUGGAAAUGCAAAUUCAAGUGACCCAGAAAAUCAUACCCAUUUCCGUAAGGAGUUUCACCAACUUCAGGGCUUUGGGAAAGAAUCUCAGGCUGGCUCCACCAGCAUGAAAGAGUCUAGACUUUCCUUGACUGUUCCUAGGGAACGAAAUGAAGAGCACACACUGGAGAGAGGCGCAGGAGUUCUGCAGUCCCCUCGGGGUGUUCAGGGGCCAAGUCUGCUGAGCUGGAGGAACGUGAUGGGUGAGGGCAGUCCAGAAGUUUUGGCUAGAAGGGAUGCUGAAAUUCCCUGGCCUGUUCCCAAGGAUAAAUUUGCAAAGACCCUUGACAAUGAGGAGCUGAGGAGGCAUUCUUUGGAAAGAACAAGUGGCUGUGCCCUUCCAGCUGGAAGCGUGACUGUGCAGCACCCACAGCCUGCUCCCCAGGGCCCCCCGGAAGCACGGUGCCCUGUUCCUAGGGCUGAGGGGCCACAGAAGACACUGACAGACCCCUUUCUAGGGGCAGCUUUCCCUCCCUUUGACAGUACUUCACAGGGAACGAGUGUGUGUCUUCCUAAACCAUCUACCUCAGAAACCAAGGAGACCACCCCCUCAGAGGCCCAGGUUGAGGAGGGACGUGACCUGGGCAUUUCCUGUGAGCACACAUCACAUUCUACCCAGCCAGAACCUGCUCAGAAUUCAAUUUUGGCAUCAAAGGAAAUCCUGAGUAAGCCAGAAGCACAAUUAGGUCAGGAAAAGAGAGAGCCCCAGCUAGAGCUGGAACAUGUUCACCCCAGGGCUAUGUCGGAGUUACAGUCCCAGGAAGGGGACCUGGGGGACCACGAGGAAGACAGUCCAGCAGGUCCAGAGAGAAAGGAGCCACAUGGGGAGGCACACGAAGGAGCCACCAGCACGGCUGGUUGUCGGCCCAAUGGUGGCCGCCCCUACCGCGGGCUGGGGAGAAGCAGCACUGAAGGGGAGAAGACAGGAGCCAGCCCGGGGGAGGAGGAGUCUCUCCUGACCACCCCCAGACAGGAGCCUGCUUCCUUGGGAAUGGCUGAUAACCUGGCCUCUGACAAAGUUUCACCAUGUACAGGUAGGAAGUUGGGUGAAAUGACACUCAGCAACUUUUUACCAGGUGACGGUCAUGUGGCUUUUAUUCCUAGUGAUCCUACUGACAACAAGCCCUCAGCUGUCAGCCAGGAGGAAGAGCGACAGGGCCGUGGGAAUGAGGACAGUGCUCUGGGUUUGGCAUCAGAUUCUUCUGUUGGAGUGAGAAAAACGGAGGUCCCUGGGUCCCUAGACCUUCAAAGCAGUAGCUCAGAAGCAGGAGAAAGUAACAACGUCACUACACUUGUUACUGAAAAUACGAGCCUUCUGGAAAAUGCGGCUAAGAUGGAAAGCACCCCCAUGAGAGCAGAUUCCGUUCUCAACGUCCCAGAGCCCCUCCGCCCAGAGACAACUGUGAACACAACCCACCAGCCUACAACGCCUAGUAGCAAUUUUCAGGACAUCAGCAUGUUCAGUGAGGCAGGUGCAGGGUCACCCUCGGCGGUCCCCGCCCCCAGCUACAGUGUGCGACUGCUGAACACAUCCCCCAAAGUGCCUGACAAGAACACUUGCCCCAGUGGGAUCCCCAAACCUGUCUUCACACAUUCCAAAGACGUGCCUCCGUCGCAGGAGGGAAUGGAGAAUCUUCAGGCUGAGAAACCGGAGGAAAGGACAGAAACCAAGCCCAUCGUCAUGCCCAAGCCCAAGCACGUGAGGCCCAAGAUCAUCACCUACAUCAGGAGGAAUCCACAAGCUCUGGGCCACGUGGACACGUCGCUCGUUCCCGUGGGGCUUCCAUAUGCGCCACCCGCAUGUAGCAUGCCUCUUCCUCAAGAGGAGAAGGUGGCAAGUGGGGACCUUAAGCCAUCUGCCAACCUCUAUGAGAAAUUCAAACCAGACUUGCAGAAACCCAGGGUGUUCAGUUCAGGAUUGAUGGUGUCUGGGAUCAAGCCCCCAGGACAUCAUUUCAGUCAAAUGAGUGAAAAGUUUUUGCAAGAGGUUACAGACCAUCCUGGAAAAGAAGAAUUUUGUUCUCCACCCUACGCUCACUAUGAAGUCCCUCCAACUUUCUAUCGGUCGGCCAUGCUCCUUAAACCCCAGUUGGGAUUGGGUGCAAUGUCCCGUUUACCUUCUGCAAAGAGCAGGAUUCUGAUUGCAAGUCAGAGGUCUUCAGCGAGUGCCAUCCACCCACCAGGACCCAUACCAACAGCUGCCAGUCUCUACAGUUCUGAUCCUUCAGAUUUAAAGAAAACCUCCACUUCAAACGCUGUAAAAUCUAGUCUACCAAAAUCUGGGCUUCGACCUCCUGGAUACUCACGUCUCCCGGCAGCCAAGCUGGCGGCCUUUGGCUUUGUCCGGAGCUCCAGCGUCUCCUCGGUCUCCAGCACUCAGUCCGCGGACAGCGCUCAGCCAGAGCAGAGCCGGCAGGCCACCCGUUCAACCUUUGGGAAUGAAGAACAGCCGGUUCUGAAGGCAGCAUUGCCUUCUAAAGACAUACCCAAGGGAGCUGGCCGGAUGGCCCCGCUGGCUUCCUCCACUGUGACAGCACCCCGCAGGAGUUUACUUCCAGCACCAAAAUCCACUUCCAUACCUGCCGGAACAAAGAAAGAAACACAAAAAGAUCAAGAUACUAAUAAACCUGCUAUCUCAUCUCCUAAGAGAGUGGCAACUUCAACCACCAAGCUCCAUUCACCAGGCUACCCAAAGCAGAGGGCUACAGCGCCUCGGAAUGGGUUUCCGCCCAAGCCGGACCUGCAGGCCCGUGAGACAGAGCGACAGCUGGCACAGCGGCUGAAAGAGCGGGGUGAGCGGCAGGCCCGGCAGCUGGGCCUGGUGCGGGCAGAGCUGCGGAGGGCCAUCUGUGGCUUCGACGCCCUGGCCGUGGCCACUCAGCAUUUCUUUGGAAAGAAUGAAAGUGCCCUUGUGAAAGAAAAAGAGCUGUCAGUCGAACUUGCAAACAUCAGGGAUGAAGUUGCCUUCCAUACAGCAAAGUGUGAGAAGCUUCAGAAAGAGAAGGAGGAGCUGGAGAGGCGCUUCGAAGACGAGGUGAGGCGGCUGGGCUGGCAGCAGCAGGCCCAGCUCCAGGAGCUGGAGGAGCGGCUGCAGCUGCAAUUUGAGGCGGAGGCGACGCGCCUGCAAGAGGAGCACCACGGCCAGCUGCUGAGGAUCCGGUGUCAGCACCAGGAGCAGGUGGAAGAUAUCACGGCCAGCCAUGAGGCUGCUCUCCUAGAGAUGGAGAACAACCACACUGUCGCCAUCGCCAUCCUGCAGGAUGACCACGACCACAAAGUCCAAGAAUUGAUGUCCACCCAUGAACUUGAAAAGAAAGAAUUGGAAGAAAAUUUUGAAAGACUGCGGCUGUCAUUACAGGACCAGGUGGACACGCUGACCUUCCAGAGCCAGUCUUUGCGGGACAGAGCUCGACGUUUCGAGGAGGCUUUGAGGAAAAAUACCGAGGAGCAGCUGGAGGUAGUCUCUGGUUUCUGGGCUUUCCAGUGCCCCCUGCACGGCCCCCACCCUGGCCAGAUUGCGUUGGCUCCUUAUCAGCACUUGGAAGAAGACAUGAAGAGCCUAAAGCAGGUGUUAGAGAUGAAGAAUCAGCAGAUACACCAGCAAGAAAAGAAGAUUAUUGAGUUGGAAAAGCUGGUGGAAAAGAACAUUAUCCUGGAAGAAAAGAUCCAAGUUCUCCAACAGCAGAAUGAAGACCUCAAAGCAAGGAUUGACCAAAACACAGUUGUCACCAGACAACUGUCGGAGGAAAAUGCGAAUCUCCAGGAAUACGUUGAGAAAGAAACUCAGGAGAAGAAGAGAUUGAGCCGAACCAACGAAGAGCUGCUUUGGAAGCUCCAAACUGGGGACCCAACCAGCCCUGUUAAACUCUCCCCCACGUCCCCUGUGUACCGCGGCUCCUCCUCAGGACCUUCCUCUCCAGCCAGAGUCAGCACGACACCCAGAUGACACUGCCAGGCCGCCCACGGAAGCUCCGGCCUCCAGCGUUUCCACCCCGAGGGGGCACUCACGGGGCGCCGGAGCUGGCCCUCUGCGCAUGCGCAGCCGCUGCCUCACGCACCCCAGGCAGCGUCCCGCUCAGAUCCCGGUGAGACUGUCCUGGUAUGGGCACUUAGGAAAGUGUAAACGGUAGAGUCUGA